AUGGCGGAAUCCUCAGCCGAUAUUGAUACUACUAAUGGUAGUGCCACCAAUACAGAAGUGCCAGAUGCGGCCGUUGUGUCGUUGGUGGAUGCUGUGUCUCAUGCAUUGGACAACAAGGCAGCUGUGUUGCUACCAAUCCCACCCCCACUUCCGAUAGGUUGGGUGAUGCGAGAAGCUCGUUCACAGCCCAACUACCACUUUUACUACAAUAUGGAGACUGGAGAAUCCAUGUGGCAUUCUCCCAUAUUGCAAGAAGAACAUCACCAGCUGCUGGGAGACGAAGAUCAUGCCAUGAUGGACACUAACAAUGCCACUGAAGUACCAGUCGAAGAAACAGCGCAUGCGAGGACUGCAGAUGCUCGCCCAGACAACGGUGGUGAUAUGGACAGCAGCAACAACACUGGCAGUCGUAAACGUCCUCACGAAGAAACGGCGGCUAGUAAUGCCCAUAACAAAAAAUCUGCCAAAUCCAGUGGAAAACCCAGCAAAGUCCGCAUUUUUCACAUUCUCAAAAAGCACAAGGGGAGUCGGCGGCCCUCAUCGUGGCGACAAGCAAAAAUUACAGCCACCAAAGAAGAAGCUAGGGAAGAAUUGCAAGGUUUGGUCGAUAUAUUGAAGGAAGAAACAGGGGCAGAUCAACGAGCUACCUUUGAGGAAAUUGCGCGGACCGAAAGUGAUUGCAGUUCCGCCAAGCGAGGAGGUGAUUUGGGAUUCUUUGGUCCCAAGAAAAUGCAACCUGCCUUUGAAGAAGCAUCGUUCGCACUGGAGAUUGGGGAAUUGAGUGGAAUCGUAGAAACUUCGAGUGGUGUCCAUGUUCUGUUGCGAAUAGGAUAA